AUGAGGGUGAGAAGAGGAAGUCCCAAAUCCACAGCUUUCCAAAAGAUCUUUAAAAAACGUCUAGUGCUGUCUGAUCCCUGUCUUCCAUUAAUAAAGCCUAUCUGGUCUAAGUCACUAAUAACAGGGAACGUAGGGCCUACAGCUGCAAAAUCAAAUGUGAAUUGGGAAGUUCAGCGUUAUGAUGGCUGGUACAAUAAUCUUGCACAUCACAGUCUAGGUUCUGCAGGUUCUAAGUUCUUGCGUCUCAUCCCAGCCACUUAUGCUGAUGGAGUUUAUCAAGUUGCUGAGGAACCACAGUUGCCAAACCCACGGAUAUUAAGUGAUGUGGUUAUGAAAGGAGAAUCAGGUUCAGAAUCUCCAAGGAAUUUAACUGUAUUGGCAUUAUUUUUUGGCUAUCAUGUGCUAUCUGAAAUAUCAUCAACUGAAAUGCCAGCCUGCCCAGCUGAAUUUUUAAACAUUCCAAUACCUGCCGGAGAUUCUGUUUUCAACAAUAAGAACGCAAGCAAUAUGGUUCUACCUUUCCAGAGAAGCAAAUGGUUUCCAGAGACAGGGAGAAGCCCCAAUAACCCAAGAGAUCAGAUUAACUCAGUAACUACUUGGAUUGAUGGCAGUUCAAUAUAUGGAUCCUCUCACUCUUGGAGUGAUGCAUUGAGACAUUUCUCUGGUGGAAAGUUGGCUUCUGGAUCUGAUGAUCUCUUCCCUAAAUAUGCAAACAAAAGUUUGCCCAUGUGGCAACUACCCAACCCCUCCACUGGAGAAAGAGGAGACAGAGGACUGUAUGGUUUUGGAAAUGCAUUUGGCAACGAAAGUCCAUUUCUUCAGGCUGAGAGCAUUGUUUGGUUUCGAUUCCAUAAUUACAUGUCAAACAGAUUUGCUGACACCCAUAAGGACUGGUCUGAUGAAGAUUUGUUUCAACAUGCUAGGAAAUGGGUCAUUGCUAUUUACCAGAACAUUGCCUUUUAUGAAUGGUUACCUGUAUUUUUGUCAAGAAACGUGUCAAAUUAUGAAGGUUACAAACAGUUUGUGGACUCAAGUAUUUCUCCUGAGUUUGUUACUUUAAUGGCACAGAUGCUGCAAACCAUGAUGCCUCCUGGUGUUUACAUGAGAAACAACAAGUGUGAUUUUCAGAAUGUGACUGGCUCAGACGGUAGGGCGUGGCCAGCUUUCCGAAUGUGUAACAAUUACUGGAGCAGAGAGAACACAAACUUGCAGACAGCUAUCAAGAUUGAUGAAUUGUUGUUGGGUAUGGCAUCACAAAUAGCUGAAAAAGAAGAUAAAACAGUGGUUGAAGAUCUAAGAGACUACUGGUAUGGGUCGAUGAAAUACUCUCGUACAGAUUUAUCAGCAGCUAGUAUCCAGCGUGCAAGAGACCAGGGGUUAUCUACAUAUAAUAAUAUGCGGAAAUAUUAUGGCCUAAAACCUAAGGAGAAGUGGGAGGAUAUUGGCAACCAAGGAAAAGAGCUGUUACAGAACCUUGCAUCAUUGUACGAAAAUGACAUUGAAAGGCUGGAGCUUAUCCCUGGAGUAAUGCUGGAGAUAAACGGAGGGCCUAGUGAAAUAGUCUCAAACAUCCUACUGGAUCAAUUCCAUCGUCUAAGAGAUGGAGACAGGUUUUGGUUUGAAAAUGAGAAAAAUGGUUUAUUUACAAAAGAAGAAAUAAUUUGGAUUCGGAGUAUUACAUUUCAAGAUGUACUUGUAAAUGUUACCAGUGAAAAUAAUUUUCAACAAGAUGUAUUUACAUGGAAAACAGGUGAUCCAUGCCCUCAACCUGAGCAGCUAAAAUCUCAGAACCUUGAAAAAUGUGUUCCUAUUACAAUCACUGAUUACUUUGAGGGAAGUGGAGCCGGUUUUGGUGUCACUAUCUUAGCUCUAUGCUGUUUGCCUCUCGUGAGUCUAAUCAUUGCUUGUGCAGUUGCAAAAUCCUGUAAGAAUAACUUCAAAAAAUAUCAAAAGAAAAACAAAGACACCGCCUUUAGCAAUGCAUCAGUAACACAAGGAUUUCAAGCCUCAGAAUGGUGUGGGCCUAAAGAACCAGUUCAGUUAGUUUUGAUUCAGCUACAUCCAAUUCAAAUGCUCAAAGUUGUAAAUACCAGGCAGAAUGAAUCCAGGACGAUCAAUUUACAAAAUCAGCCAAGAGUGGAAGUGCUACUCUCAAACACACAUGGCAGCAAAGGCUUACUUCUCAAAAUCCCCAAGGAGUAUGAUUUGGUCCUCUUUUUCAAAAAUGAAGACGAUCGAGACAUCUUUGUCCAACAAUUUAAACAUUUCUUAGGAGCAAGCAAUAUUCCACCCUCUUUUUCACAUUUAAAGGAACAGGAAAUUCUAGCAAAAGCUUUCACAAAAAAGCAGAGACAUGAGAUAUUGGAGACGUUUUUUAAGCAAUCACUUUCUCAUGUACUGGAUAUUAACAAAGCAGAUGCGGGUGAUAUUGACAGACACAAAAUAAAAGACGCGUUGAACUAUGAGAUAUCCAGAGAAGAGUUUGCAGAAUCUCUGGGGCUUAAUCCACAAGCCCAUUUUGUGGAAUCCAUGUUUUGCUUUGCUGAUAGAGAUCGGAAUGGCUAUCUGUCUUUUGAGGAAUUUUGCCAUAUAUUGUUAACCUUAAUAAAAGGUACUGCAGAAGAUAAAUUGAAAUUUAUAUUCUCUAUGCAUGACACCAAUGGAAAUGGAAUACUACCUAAGGAAGAACUCCACAGAAUGCUCAGGUCUUUUAGCGACAUAACAAAAUUUCUAACACAAGACCAGACAGAAAAUGUAAUUCAGAGUAUGUUUAAUGAGGCUGGGUUUCCAUCCAAAGAAGAAAUUACAUGGGAUGAUUUUUACAGUUUGUUUAAGGACCAUUCAACUAUAUUGAGUGAAACAAGGCCUCUCACAAAAGUCAACACAGUCAAUUAUACUUGCGGGCUCUGCGAGGCAAACCAGGAUGCCUUCCGAGCAAUGGGCCGACCUUCAGCUGAGGAGACACCAACCGAUGCAAUGCCACAGAUUGCUACUUUCAUGGCUGAGCACUACCUCUGGAGUCAGGUCCUCGAUCCGAUGGACGGAUACCACACGUUCCUCCGACACUUCACCCCAGAGCACGGUGAGCAGAUCCCUCCGCCAUCAUCAUGGCAACAGUACCCCCUCAAUCUGGGAAGCAACGCUCAAUGUCCCGGUGUCCCGCUCUCCUCCACUCCGACCAAUGUGAUGACAGCAUGGAGAGGAAUUACAGAAGCAAACACGCAGUAUACCGUAAAAGCUCCUAGGGCUGAUCCAAUUUCGAGACCCAAGGCUGAAGAGAUGAAUCGGGUAACAACUGGCACAGCUGACUCUGAACCUGGGCAGGGUACAACUGCACCGCGGGCACCUACUAAUAACCUGACUCUGCAAUGUGUGGUGAUGUCACCCGAUACGACUGCAUUCAAUAGGCCGCAGAGAUGUGAUAGAGAAAUUGAAGUAACUGUUGUGAGCUCUAAUCUUUUUGCCCUUCCAGCAGAUGCCGGUCACAGCAAAGAUAACAUCACGGAGGGUUAUGUAGCAUUAGCCCCACCAGGUAUCCAAUUUCGGGUAAUUGAUUAUGCAGAGACCUUUCCCAUUAUAGAGCAAAGCCAAGGCAAGAAGGUCAGUGUUGGAAAGCAAUUAAUUGAUGGUACAGAUUUAACGAGUAUUUGUACAGUGGAAUUGGAGGCACAGGGACUUCGAAAAAGGAUUAAUAAAUCAGUGAAUGGCUAUCAGCUAAAUAAGCCAACUGUAUAUAGUGAAGCAAGAAGAGAAAGGUAUCAUUCAAGCAAGAUCCGUCAAAAAAUCCAGCAAUUUAAACGUUUAAUUGAAAACUACAGGCGUCACAUUGUGUGUCUUGUUAUAUUUUAUGGUAUAUCAGCUGGAUUAUUUGUUGAAAGAUCUUACUAUUAUGGAUUUGCUUCUCCAUCAACUGGAAUUGCUGACACCACCUAUGUAGGACUUAUUAUUUCUCGGGGAUCAGCUGCAACCAUCUCAUUUAUGUUCUCCUACAUACUUCUAACCAUGUGCCGAAAUGUAAUAACUUUCCUUCGUGAGACUUUCUUAAACCACUAUAUCCCAUUUGAUGCUGCAGUAGACUUUCACCGAUUGAUAGCUAUGAGUGCCCUUAUCCUUACAAUUUUUCAUACAGUUGGCCAUUUAGUAAAUGUCUACAUAUUCACAAUUACCCCUCUCAGCAUCCUCAGCUGCCUCUUCCCUGCAACAUUCGCAAAUGAUGGAUCCGAGUACCCUAAGAAAUUUUACUGGUGGUUUUUUGAAACAGUGCCAGGGAUGACUGGAGUUCUGUUAUUAGCAAUUAUGGCUCUGAUGUAUGUUUUUUCAACGUUUCAUUUCCGGCGUGUUAGUUUCCGUGGGUUUUGGCUGGUACACCAACUGUAUGUUCUUUUCUACAUUUUGACAAUCAUGCAUGGUAGUUUUGCUCUGAUCCAAUUCCCAAAGUUUCACAUAUUUUUCAUUCCACCGGCAAUUAUCUUUGUUAUUGACAAACUGAUUAGCUUGAGCAGAAAGAAAAUUGAAAUCAAUGUUGUGCAAGGGGAGCAACUUCCUUCAGGUGUUGUCCAUCUUAAAUUCCAGAGACCAUCAACAUUUGAUUAUAAAUCUGGACAGUGGGUGAGAAUUGCUUGUCUGGCACUUGGCACAGAUGAGUACCAUCCUUUUACAUUAACUUCUGCCCCCCAUGAAGAGACGUUAAGUUUACAUAUUAGAGCUGUUGGCCCAUGGACAACUCGUUUGAGGGAGCUUUAUUCCACUCAAAAUAUGGCAGAGAUGAUACAAGCUAAGCUGUACCUGGAUGGACCUUUUGGAGAGGGGCAUCAGGAAUGGAAUCAUUUUGAAGUUUCUGUUUUAGUUGGUGGAGGAAUUGGUGUCACCCCAUUCGCUUCAAUUCUCAAAGAUUUAGUAUUCAAAUCAUCUGUCAAUUUAAGGAUCCGUUGCAAGAAAAUUUACUUCAUCUGGGUUACACGCACUCAGCGCCAGUUUGAGUGGUUGACGGAUAUUAUCCGGGAAGUGGAAAACAAUGACAGAAGAGAACUUGUGUCAGUUCACAUCUACAUAACCCAGCUUGCAGAAAAAUUUGAUUUCCGUACAACCAUGCUGUACAUCUGUGAACGUCAUUUUCAGAAAAUCAAAGACAAGAGCCUGUUAACUGGUUUGCGCUCCAUAACACAUUUUGGGAGACCGCCUUUCGUUGACUUCUUCAAUUCUCUACAGGAUGUUCAUCCAGAGGUCAAGAAAUUUGGUGUGUUCAGCUGUGGUCCUCCUGGAAUGACAAAAAAUGUAGAAAAUGCUUGUCAACAAGUGAAUAAAAGGGAUGAGGGCUAUUUUGUGCAUCACUAUGAAAAUUUUUAG